CGGCAGCCGGGGCAGCCGGAUCGCGGCGGCGGCUGCUGCUGCUGCGCGCAGGGAGCGUGGAGCGGAGGGAUGUGGGGCUUUGGGGGAGGCAGGAUCUUCGGGAUCUUCUCUGCUCCCGUCCUGGUGGCCGUGGUCUGCUGCGCCCAGAGUGUGAACGAUCCCGGCAACAUGUCCUUCGUGAAAGAAACUGUGGAUAAAUUGUUGAAGGGCUACGACAUCCGCCUCCGGCCGGAUUUCGGAGGUCCGCCCGUCUGCGUGGGGAUGAACAUCGACAUCGCCAGCAUCGACAUGGUUUCCGAAGUCAACAUGGAUUACACUUUGACUAUGUAUUUUCAACAGUACUGGAGAGAUAAGAGGCUGGCUUAUGCUGGCAUACCUCUGAACCUCACGCUUGAUAACCGAGUGGCAGAUCAGCUUUGGGUGCCUGACACUUACUUCUUAAAUGACAAGAAAUCAUUUGUGCAUGGCGUUACUGUGAAGAAUCGAAUGAUUCGCCUUCACCCGGACGGAACGGUGCUUUACGGCCUCAGAAUCACAACCACUGCAGCAUGUAUGAUGGACUUGAGAAGAUACCCAUUAGAUGAACAAAACUGUACUCUGGAAAUAGAAAGCUAUGGCUACACAACUGAUGACAUAGAGUUCUACUGGAGAGGUGGAGAUAACGCAGUCACUGGCGUGGAGAGGAUUGAACUUCCUCAGUUCUCUAUCGUGGAAUACAGACUGGUGUCAAAGAAUGUUGUCUUUGCCACAGGUGCCUAUCCAAGACUCUCAUUGAGCUUCAGGUUGAAAAGAAAUAUUGGCUACUUUAUUCUUCAAACCUAUAUGCCCUCCAUACUGAUUACUAUUUUAUCAUGGGUGUCAUUCUGGAUCAAUUAUGAUGCAUCAGCAGCAAGAGUUGCCCUUGGAAUUACAACUGUGCUGACUAUGACAACAAUCAACACUCACCUGCGAGAGACUUUGCCUAAAAUUCCGUAUGUUAAAGCCAUUGACAUGUAUCUCAUGGGCUGCUUUGUGUUUGUCUUCUUGGCCUUACUUGAAUACGCCUUUGUCAACUACAUUUUCUUUGGAAAAGGCCCUCAAAGGCAGAAGAAACUUGCAGAAAAAACAACAAAGGCUAACAACGAUCGCUCAAGGUUUGAAGGCAAUCGGGUGGACACCCAUGGAAAUAUUCUGCUAACAUCUCUUGAAAUUCACAACGAGGUGGCAAGCAACGAGGUCACCACCAGCGUUACAGAAGCCCGAAAUUCAACUAUAUCUUUUGACAACUCAGGAAUCCAGUACAGAAAACAAAGCUCACAUCGUGAAAGCCUUGGAAGGCGUUCGUCAGAAAGACCAGGCUCACAUAGCAAGAGGGGCCAUUUACGAAGAAGGUCUUCGCAACUGAAAAUAAAAAUCCCCGAUUUAACGGAUGUGAAUGCCAUCGACAGAUGGUCAAGAAUGGUGUUUCCAUUCACAUUUUCUCUUUUCAACUUAAUUUACUGGCUAUACUAUGUUAACUGAGUGACUUAGUUUUUUUAAAGGACUUCAACUAUAACAAGUGAAGUACUACUUGCCUGCAGAGUUUAUAUAUAUAUUUAUAUAUAUAUAUUUAUAUAUAAAAAAAUAUAUAUAUGAACUUUUACUAUGUAGACCAUACUCAUGUAUGUGUGAAUACAUGUAGCAAAGAACUGUGUGUACUUUAAAGCACAUACUGCAAAGCAAAAGUAUAUGUAUGCACACACACAUGAACACAUUCAUUCUGAGGUUAUGGACACUUUAACAUAGGAUGCACUUCAGAGGAACUUUUUCAAUCGAAAGGCAGGUGUCGUCAAAGCAGCAAGCCUUGAGAAAGUAAGUGUUGUAUAUUGUCAGUACAAAACUGAUUGUCAGAAAUUUUUGAACAGCUGUAAUCCUGUAUAAAGUCAGUAUUUAGUAACAUCCUUUGUAAAUGCUGCCAUACACGCUAAUCAUAAAGCAGUAGAGUUACACUCUUAAGUUUAAAAUAAGUUAGUUAUAUUGCAGAUCCAGCAACUACCAUUUCAUCAAGCCAAAUUUUUUUUUUUCUUUGCUAAAAUUUCUUGGGUUUAUAUAUGUCAUAAUACACAUUUUCCCUGGGUGGGCAUAGUUUUUAAUGAUCUCUUGCUUUCUCUUCUGCAGUAGGCAAGCCGAUCAUGGGAGUGUUGUAGGUCUUUGGAGACAUGCAGGUUUAUAACAUUUCAAACAAGCGUUUUAAGUGUCCAUCAACACUGACAUGAAUCUUUUGUAAGUACUGUAAAUGUACAGCACAUUUUCCUUCCCUUGGACUGGUUCCAGCUGCCAUGUCAUUUUGAAA